CUGUUAGCCCAAUCGAAACAUCGCUUUUUUUCAAGACGAACGCAUGGUUUCACUGGAGGCGAUUUGAAAUCGUUAGUCCUCGCCUCCCGCUUCACAGAAGGGCGAAAUGAUAGCGAGAAGCUGGAGAAUGCUCGAAAGCGUGUACGGCCGACAGGAAUUCGGCAGUUCAUUCUAGAGGUGCCUCACGUGAGCUGGGAUGACAUUGGAGGUAGUGAUGAACUAAAACUUGAAAUUCAGCAGGCUGUAAUUUGGCCACAAAAGCAUCGAGACGCAUUUGAACGACUCGGCAUUGAUCCUCCUUCAGGAAUCUUACUGUAUGGGCCGCCUGGCUGUAGCAAGACAUUGGUUGCUCGCGCUCUUGCUAGUGAGUCGAAGAUGAACUUCUUAGCCGUGAAGGGUCCAGAACUGUUCAGCAAAUGGGUAGGAGAAUCGGAGAAAGCGAUUCGAGACCUGUUUUCCAGAGCAAGACAAGUAGCGCCAACGAUUGUAUUCUUCGAUGAAAUUGAUGCGGUUGGAAGCUCGAGAGGAUCCGAGAAAAGUUCUGGCGUUUCUGAUCGCGUCCUUGCCCAACUUCUUACUGAACUUGAUGGGCUUGAAAAACAGAGCGGUGUGCUCUUGCUUGCUGCGACUAACCGUCCGGAUCAGCUUGAUAGCGCUUUGCUAAGACCUGGUCGUCUUGAUCGUGCAAUAUACGUUGGUCUCCCAUGUCCUAAAACACGGCGCGCUAUCAUCGAAAUGAGGACAAAACGUAUGGCCUUAGCUGAGGAUGAUAUUAUUGAAAAACUAGUUAACAAAACCGAAGGUUACUCGGGAGCUGAACUAGUGGCCGUUUGUCGUCAAGCGGCACUACUUGCAAUGCGAGAGAACAUAGAAGCAACGGAAGUACGAUGGCAGCACUUUGAAGAAACUUUAACAUCAAUCGUGCCACGUACAGAACGCCAUAUGCUUCAAGCAUAUGAGAAGUUUAAACGGGGCGUUGUUUAG